UUUGCUCCUCAGAACUCAAACACAACACAGAGUUAGUUUCUGAAACCGUUCCUCUUCUCAUAACUCCUAACUAAACCCUGCUCAGUGUUUCCCACUCGCAAUGGCUUCGCUCCAAAGAAUCAUUGCCAUUGUUUCCCUCAUAACGGUUCUUCUAACUUCCGCCGAGGCCCGAAUCCCGGGCGUGUACGGCGGCGGCGCGUGGGAGAGCGCGCACGCCACGUUCUAUGGAGGAAGCGACGCGUCGGGCACAAUGGGCGGCGCGUGCGGGUACGGAAACCUGUACAGCCAGGGCUAUGGCGUCAACACUGCUGCGCUUAGCACGGCGCUGUUCAACAGCGGGCUGAGCUGCGGAGCGUGCUUCGAGAUAAAGUGCGCCAACGACCCGAGCUGGUGCCACGCUGGCAGUCCCUCGAUCUUGGUGACGGCCACGAACUUCUGCCCUCCGAACUACGCUCUACCCAGCGACAAUGGAGGAUGGUGCAACCCUCCCAGACCACACUUCGACCUCGCCAUGCCCAUGUUCCUCAAAAUCGCAGAGUACCGCGCCGGCAUCGUCCCUGUCUCUUACCGCAGGGUGCCUUGUAGAAAACAGGGAGGGAUGAGGUUCACGAUCAACGGCUUCCGUUACUUCAACCUGGUUUUGAUCUCCAACGUGGCGGGUGCAGGGGACGUGGUGAAGACGAGCGUGAAAGGGUCUAAGACUGGGUGGAUGAGUAUGAGCCGUAACUGGGGUCAGAAUUGGCAAUCAAACGCUGUUCUUGUUGGUCAGUCACUCUCCUUCAGGGUCACAGCCAGUGACCGGCGCACCUCCACCUCCUGGAACAUCGUACCCGCCAAUUGGCAAUUUGGCCAAACCUUCACCGGCAAAAAUUUCAGGGUCUGAUCGUGUUUUCUGGGUUAUUUUCUUAUUAAAAAAAGGAAAAAGCUUUACCUCUAUGUAGUUUUGAAGUUGCCUUGGGAUGUGGAUAUAGGGUGAAAAAAAUGGAGGGAAGUAAAGUAAGUGGUGGUAGUGAUCAGUGAACUUUUUGACUUUUUUUUUUCUUUCUUUGUCUUGAUCGUGAAAGUGGAGGGAUAAGAAGUUAGGGUUGUCUUGGUAUACGGGUUUGAAGUGUUAUAGGAUUUGAAAAAAUGGAGGGAAACAUCAUGUGAAACUUGUAAGGUGCUGAAGUGGCUUCAAAUGUAUGAGCCCGCAGCUAUAUUUCUUAGACAUAUUUAUAUAUAUAUUAAUGAAAAGAUCAAGUGUGUUUAUCUUUAUAA